UUCAUAUCACUUUUGUAUAUUUGGGAAAAUCAUAGAAAGAAAUAAUCUUUAUUUAUUGAAAAAUAGUAGAGAUUCACGUAGAGGUUAAGUGCAUUCAUAUAGGAAUCCAUUAGAAGUAUAUCGAGAUCAAUACCCAUGAUCAUACACCUCAUCUAAAGGGGACACAACCUUAGUUUCUUUUACCAUAAAUUACCACCCAAAGCAAUUAGUUAGCAAUUAGUCAUAAAAAAUCAACUUUUACCAAAAUCAUCGGAUUAAGACAUUAGACCUAAAUUAAGCAUCCUACGACUUUAGUAACCUUUUCACACCAUAUUCCCUGUGGGAUUCGACCCCAACCUUGUUGGGUUACUAUAUUUGACAACGUCCGCGUUAUACCAUUAAUAGGUGUAAUUUGACCGUAUGACAUACCCAAGAAAAAUCUGACUGGUAAGCUAUUAGAUGAUGAGCCUUUUUAUGACAGUUCAGAUGCGGACAGCUUUGAGAGUGAAAGUGAUGGGGAAACAGAUGUUGAAAAAUUUGGUAUUUUAAGAGUAAGGAAGAAGGACAAAAGGGUAUCAUAUGAUCCAACAUGGAAACAAGUCAUGUGGCAACUAAAUUUGGUCUUUGGGGAUGUGAAAAAAUUCAGAAAAGCAAUUAGUAGGUAUGCAAUUGAGAGAGGUUGUCAACUAGAUAAGAUCCAUAAUGAUCAAAAAAGAGUUAGAGUUAAAUGCAAAGCUAGUGGAUGUCCUUGGCUACUUUAUGCUAGCAAAGACUUUAAAUUUCCCAAUUUCAUUACAAGAACCUACAAUCCAAGACAUAAGUGUUGUAAGACCAACACCAGUACAAUGUGCAACUAUAAGUAUUUGGCUAAGUACUAUAGAGAUAGGAUUAUUUCUCAACCUUGCAUAAAGGGGUGGGAAAUACAAGAUUUGGUCAGGGAAGCUAUGGGGCUAUAUGUUGGUAAGUUUGUGUGCUUGAAGGCCAGGAAAAUGGUGUUGAAAAAGGUAAUGGGUGAUCAUAUUGCUGAGUUUAGUAGAAUCUAUGACUACAGAGAUAUGAUUCUUGAAUCAAAUCCUGGAAGCACUUGUGUGGUAAAGGUGACAGAUUGUGAUGAUGGAAAAAAAAACUCUUCCACUCUUUCUAUGUUUGCUUUUCAACUUUGAAAAAAGGAUUUAUUGAGGGUUGUAGAAAGUGUAUUGGCGUAGAUGGUUGCUUCUUGAAGGGGAUAUCUUAGGGCCAAUUACUUGUUGCUAUUGCAAAGGAUGGGAUUAAUCAGAUGUUCCCAAUAGCUUGGGCUGUAGUUGGAACUAAAAGUAAAGAUACUUGGACUUGGUUUCUGAGGAUCUUGAAAUCUGAUUUGGACAUCAAUGAUGAAGGAGCAGGAUUAACAAUCAUAAGUGACAUGCAAAAGGGAUUAUAUUCAGCUAUUCAAGAGUUACUUCCAAAAUGUGAACAAAGAAUGUGUGCAAGGCAUAUACUUGCAAGAUGGUCACAACAUUGGAAGGGUAUUGAAAGAAGAAAAAUGUUUUGGGCUUGUGCCAUAUCCACAUUUGAAGCUCAACUCAGGAGGAACUUGGACAAAUUAGCACUGUUAGGUAAAGGUAUUUCUAACAGCUUAGCAACCUUUAAUCUUGAAAGAUGGUCCAAAGCAAUGUUCAAGACAACUUCAAAAUGUGACAGUGUGGAUAACAAUAUGGCUGAAAGCUUCAAUGCUUGGGUGCUAGGCACAAGACUAUAUCAUCAGUAUGCUUGAAGAGAUUAGGACAAAGGUAAUGAAUAGGUUUCCCAAGGUGGUAGCAUUUGCGGAUAGUUGGACCAAUGACAUAUCCCCAAUGGCAAUGUCGGUAUUAAAUACAAAUGUGGAGAUGUCAAUGAGGGUGGAAAUUAAGUGGAAUGGUGAUAUUGGAUAUGAAGUGAAGGAUGGUCGAUAUAAACAUGUGGUUAACCUAAUUCAGGGAACUUGUACUUACAAAAUUUUGGCACUGAAAGGGAUUCCUUGUGCACAUGCAAUAGCAAUCAUGCAUCACGAUGAAGCCAAUCCCCUUGACGCAGUUUCUACAGGGUACAGAAAAGAGACCUACUUGAGAGCUUAUGGAAAUUUCUUACAACUAACAACGAAUAUGGAGAUGUGUCCUGAGACAUCAAAUCCAAAAGUUGAGCCACCUCCAAUUAGGAAAAUGCCCGGAAGGCCUUCGAAAAAGAGAAAAAAGGAGCUUGGAGAGGUAUCAGGUUGUGGAAAGCUUUCAAAGAAGGGAAAAAUCAUGAGGUGCUCAGUUUGUAAGUCAACAAAUCACAAUAUACGAACAUGUCCAAACAAACCUCCCGCCACUUCAAAGGGAGUAGCUACAUCACAAGUAUCCACCAGUGGAAAAAAAUCUAGGGCGCACAUAGAAAAACAAAUGCUACAGGCAAGGGUGGUAAAGGAAGUCCCACGCAGCAAUCUCAUUCGCCUCAACCCUCUCAAGCAGUGCAACAAUCUCAAUCCUCUCAACCAUUUCAAGCAACAGUGGAAAGUGGCAGUGGUAGUGGAAGUAAAAAAGGUGCAAGAAAUAAAUUUAAGAGGCUAAGAGUAGUGGGCCAUGGCGUGUUUGUGAGCAAAAGCGACUUUAUUUGUGCUGAGGUAAGGACAAGGGACAUUGAUAAAUUUAUCUCCUUAAUGACACCUCUUUAAAAUAGUUUAACAUUUCUUUUAUUACUUCGCAGCAAGGACGACCUACUAGUAGGGUAAUCAAAAGUGGAGCACAAGAGAAAUUGAUAAGUUCAGCUGUUGUGGCUGGUGAUCUUGGUUAUGCACCAAGUGAAGGUCUCAAAUGGAAUGGAAACAAGGCUAUCACAGGAAGGCAACUUCAACAAAAAAGUGAAUCGCUUAGGUAUACGAAAACCAAGUCACAAGCUUCACCACAAAGUGCAACAAAAGCUGGAGGUGUUUAGGAAAGAUGUGACUGAUUUUUGUUGCGGUUCGAACUACUUUAACUGUAGGUGUUUAGGAAAGACAAGACUGAUUUUUUGUUGUGGUUCAAACUAUUUCUAAGUUGUGUAUUUUGAUUGUGAAUAUGGUAGUACUGAUUUUUGGUCGUGUAUGGUGACUAAUUUGCAGCCCAAAUAGUUGUUGUAUGGUGACUGCUUUUUGACUAGUAGUUAUUGAAUGGUGUUGUUUAACAUUCA